AUGUCGCUCAUGGUCGUCAGCGUGGCGUGUGUUGGGUUCUUCUUGAUCCAGACGACUUGUCCAUACACGGCGGCCCCUCCUUUUCCCCCAGGUGGUCAGGACAAGACCUCCCUGUCUGCCCGGCCCAGCGCUCUGGUGCCUCAGGGAGGACACGUAACUCUUCGGUGUCACUAUCGUCGUGGGCUUUACAACUUUACCAACUUCACUCUGUACAAAGACGACAGAAGCCACGUUCCCAUCUUCCCCGGCAGAAUAUUCCAGGAGAGCUUCCUCAUGGGCCCUGUGACCCCGGCACACGCAGGGACCUACAGAUGUCGGGGUUCAUACCCGCACUCCCCCACUGAGUGGUCGGCACUCAGCGACCCCCUGGCGAUCAGGGUCACAGGAGUCCACAAAAAACCUUCCCUCCUGGCCCUCCCAGGUCCCCUGGUGAAAUCAGGAGAGACGGUCACCCUACAAUGUUCGUCAGAUUACCGUGUUGAGCACUUCUUUCUGCACCGUGAGGUGACGUUUUGAGAGCCCUUGCACCUUGUUGGAGAGCGCCAUGGUGGGGGUUCCCAGGUCAACUAUUCCAUCAAUUCCACGACGUCUGACCUUGCAGAGACCUACAGAUGCUACGGUUCUGCCACUCACUCCCCUAUUGUGUUGUCAGCUCCCAGUGACCCCCUGGACAUCGUGAUCACAGGUCUAUAUGAGAAACCUUCUCUCUCAGCCCAGCCGGGCCCCACAGUGCAGGCAGGAGAGAACGUGACCUUGUCCUGCAGCUCCCAGACCUCGUUUGACAUGUACCAUCUAUCCAGGGAGGGGGAGGAUGAACUUAGGCUCCCUGCAGUGUCAAGUGUCAAUGGAACUUUCCAGGCCAACUUCCUUCUGGGCCCUGCCACCCACGGAGGGACCUACAGAUGCUUCGGCUCUUACCGUGACUCUCCCUAUGAGUGGUCAGACCCGAGUGACCCACUGUCCGUUUCCGUUACAGGAAACCCUUCACGUAGUUGGCCUUCACCCACUGAACCAAGCUCCAAAACCAGUAACCCUAGACACCUGCAUGUUCUGAUUGGGACCUCAGUGGCCAUGAUCCUCUUCACCAUCUUCUUCUUUCUCCUGCAUCGCUGGUGCUCCAACAAAAGAGUAAAUGCUGCUGUAAUGGACCAAGAGCCUGCGGGGGACAGAACAGUGAACAGGGAGGACCCUGAUGAACAAGACCCUCAGGAGGUGACAUACGCACAGUUGGAUCACUGCGUUCUCACACAGGGAAAAAUCACUUGCCCUUCUCAGAGGCCCAGGAGACCCCCAACAGAUACCAGCGUGUACACGGAACUUCCAAAUGCUGAGCCCAGAUCGAAAGUUGUCUUCUAUCCAUGAGCACCACCGUCAGGCCUUGCAGGGGUCUUCUAGGGAGACAACAGCCCUGUCUCAAAACCGGCUUCACAGCUCCAAUGUGCCAGC